UAGAAGCAUCUAUAUAAUGGACUCCAUGCCUAUACCAUCAUGGUUUAAGGGUGAUCAUCCUAGCAUGCAUUAUAUCCAUAAUAUACAUUAUAUUGCCAAUAAUAUGAAUGCUGCCAUGGAAUUGGCCAAUCCUACAUGGAAAGACGAUAUUUAUAUGUGGCGUCGUAUAGUACCAACAUGGGUUCCAAGAACAUUAAACUGGGAUUUAUCUGGCUUUCUUGUUAUCAACUUUAUGCACGAUUGGAAUGGUAUAAGGUUACCCUGCAUUUGCACUAAUGGGAAUGACCUGAGGACCAAAUUCUUAGUAGAAUUAUUGAAGUACAAGGACAAUGAAUCCAAAGACAAUAUUCCAGAAGAAAUACAAGAAAUUAUUAGGCACAUCAGAUAGAUAUGAUUUUAUUUGUAAUGAUACUCAACUUAUUAUCCUAAUUAAUUUUAUUGCCUUUUAGGUUCGUAGUAUCG